UGAUUUCUUCUUUGUUACCUCAUCUCUCUACUCCAUUCCACCUCAUUUUGACAUUUUCACUCUAUACUGUAUCUUCUGAAGUGAAAAGCAAAAAUUGUUACAAACCAAACGCUUAAACGAUGUCGUAUGUACCUCCACACCUGAGAAACUCCACCGCCACCACCACUACCACCACCACCACCACCACCAUUACUUCCUCAAUAACGCUAGAGAAUGAUCACAGCACUAAGCUUUCUACUUCUACUUGGAAAUCUCUCUCCUCCACUUUAUCCAAUGGCUCUCGCCGGACCACCGCCGCUUUCACUUCGCCGAGAACCUUGUCCGUUCCCGACCCCGUUUUGCCUCAGUGGACACCCUCCGAACGCGUUCUUCGCUUGAACUCGCAGCAGGUUGAAGAUGUCCGUGCACGGCUUAAUAUUGAAGUUACUGUUGCUUCAGGCUCCCCUCCGGCGCCUGCUCCAAUUGAAUCCUUCGAGGAUAUGUGUUUGAACCAAAACAUUAUGAAGGACAUUGCGUAUCAUGGAUAUACUAGGCCGACUCCAAUUCAGGUUCAGGCCAUGACUGUUUCUCUCAGUGGAAGAGAUCUGUUAGCUUGUGCUGAAACUGGUAGUGGCAAAACAGCUGCAUUCACCAUUCCUAUGAUACAGCACUGUUUGGCUCAAUCUCCCAUUCGACGUGGUGAUGGACCACUAGCACUGGUUUUAGCUCCUACUAGAGAGCUGGCUCAACAGAUUGAAAAAGAGGUCAAAUGUUUUAGUAGGUCUCUUGACUCCUUCAGGACUGCAAUAGUUGUUGGUGGAACAAACAUUGCUGACCAGAGGUCUGAGCUACGAGCAGGAGUGGAUAUAAUGGUUGCUACUCCUGGAAGAUUUAUUGACCAUUUACAACAGGGAAACACUUCCCUUUCUAGAAUUUCAUUUAUUGUUCUGGAUGAAGCGGAUAGAAUGCUUGAUAUGGGGUUUGAACCACAGAUUAGAGAGGUACUGCAUAACCUUCCGGAAAGGCAUCAAACUUUGCUGUUCAGUGCAACUAUGCCAGAGGAGAUUGAGACACUAGCCCAGGAGUAUUUAACUACCCCUGUACAAGUUAAGGUUGGAAAAGUGAGUGGCCUGACAGCAAAUGUCUCUCAAGUUUUAAAAAAGGUUUCUGAAAGUGAGAAGAUUGAUUGCCUUCUCGGUUUACUAGUGGAAGAUGCAUCUCAGGCUGAAAGAGCUGAUCAUCCGUUUCCUUUAACUGUUGUAUUUGUGGAUAGGAAGGCAAGGUGUGAUGAAGUUGCUGAAGCUCUGGUAGCACAAGGUUUACGAGCAGUUGCACUUCAUGGUGGCCGUAGUCAGAAUGAAAGGGAGGCUGCUUUGCAUGAUUUUAGGAGUGGCUCAACUGAUAUUCUGGUUGCCACUGAUGUUGCAUCUCGUGGCUUAGAUGUUACAGGAGUUACUCAUGUGAUUAAUCUCGAUCUUCCUAAGACAAUGGAAGAUUAUGUACAUCGAGUUGGAAGGACAGGUCGUGCAGGAUCAGCUGGCCAAGCUACUUCAUUUUACACUGAUCGUGAUCUGUUCCUAGUGGCACAAAUUAAGAAAGCAAUAGCAGAUGUUAAAUCGGGGAAUACAGUGGCUUUUGCAACUGGGAAGGUUGCAAGAAGGAAAGAGAGAGAAGCAGCAGCUUCACAAAAGGAAGCCAGGAAUGAUCUGUCCAAGUUACUAGGACCCACUUCAAUAAACAUCGAAGAUAAGUAUAGGUUUAUGAUUGCGUCUUCAAACACCAAAGGAGAGGGUGUAGCUGAUAGUGCUUGGGAUGAUUGAAAACAUGCUCUGAUACCAGCUCAAAGAGGACUGAUGACACAUGCUUAAGGUUCCAAGGCCUUUACGGUCAGUGAUACUUUUUAUUGUUUCUGCAACUGCUUAUGCAAGUUUUGCUUAUGAGAGAAGGCUGCACGUGUAGGUUUAUGCUUUACGCAUUCGGUCUUAAGGGGUAGAAAUGUCCUGAAGAUUAUCAUAAGUAUCUUGUGAGUCAUUCAUUCCGAUAUGAUCACUGAGUUGCACUUUCUGUGAUUCGAUUACCAGUCAGUCGCUCAGGGCAGUCCGAAUGGGUGCUGAUAGGAAUUGUAGCACUCCUUUCAUAGAUUGUGCAUCUUGUAUAUAGCGCAAGUGUUCUAGGGGAAACUUUGUCAAUUUAGCUAUGAUCUUGAUACUUAUCAAGAAGUUUUUCUGUUUUGUUUUCUUUUUCCUUCCUGUCAAAUAUCUUGACUUUUUAAUCAUACAUUAUAGCUUGAA